UCAUUGAUAACGCUGCCAGGGAGAGAAAUUCGUCGAUAAAAAAGCGUUAAUUCAAAUAAGAAAAUGAGCGUGUCUGUCACUCGUACAAUCCCUAAGAAAAAUGACACAAGGAGAGUUGUCAUGCGGGAGCGGGUUUAUGACCACUUGUACGAUCCAGUCUACACCGUGUCAUCAGAGAUAGACCAUGCCAGGUCCAACCUCAGGGCCUUUGCAUCUAAGGACCGAAUUAGGAGAGUGCCUGAGUUUGGGUCUAUGUUUAGUAACCUGCCCCACCACCCAGGGUACACUGUUCAGCUGGACCUUGCAGACCCAGUGCCAGCCUCUAUUGAUCGUCGCUGGCGAGGCCACACGGAGCAGCGCAGAGAGGCACUGCAGCAGCUGGCUGGGGUUAUUCCAAAUGCUCAGUCAUGGCUGAAAAAGAAAGAGUGUCAUGUGACCGGAGCUGAUCGCUGGAAAUACUUUAAGCGUCCUCUGAUUCCCUCUGGACAGCAGCUUCUCCCAGGUGUGAUUUUUGCAUUGCCUCAAGAAGACUUUGUAUCCACUGGUGGACAGAAUGCUGAGCAACAGCCCACCCACUUCACUGUGGGGGUCCAAACAGACUAUAGAGAAAGUGAAGCACAAACAGACCCGUACAGCCCUGAGUAUGUGGUGCAACCUGGGACAUCUCCCUCAGAGCUCCUGCAGCUGGCAGCUUUGACUUGGGGUCGUGGUCUGCCUGCAGGCCUGGCAGAAGUGGAAAUGAUAGAGCGGGCACGAGCCAAACGAGCGUGGGAGGCCACUCUUCCUCCGUUGAAUGACCUGAGUCAGCUGGACAAAAGGAGACGUAUGAUGGAGGAGAUGGAGGUCAAAGAGUGGGCUUUCAGAGAGGGAGAAAUCCAGAAGUUGCAAGAUGUUCGUCUUGCUAUGCUGAAGGACCUUUUAAGGAGGAGAGAUGAGGCCCAGAAAGAAGUCACAAACGACCGACUCAACCAGAUGUAUUCUAAACUCCUAAAAGACAAAGAAACCAAGCAACAAAAGAUUCACAAUGACUACCUCCGGUUGCUGAGAAAACUGGAAGCUAAGAGGAGAAAUGUGGAGGGCAAGCGAGAGCAACCUGUCAAAAGCUAUGCAGAUUCUCGGCCAUAUGCCCCUGGGAGCCGCAGGGAUACAUUCACCCGCAACAAGGAGUUAAAAAACUACUACUUAGACACAAGUGAAGGUUUACUAAAACUAGAGGCAGGACUCUCUAUGUCAGUCCUCAAGUCAAGCUACCAAAAAUGCAAAAUCAGCAUCAAGAAUGUGAUGAAGCCCCCUGAGAGCAGAGAGGUCGAACUAAUGGAGAAAUACAAGGCCCUUAGGGAGGCGGAGAGAGAGCAAGCGACCAAGAGAUCUUUGCGUUUUCUUGUCAAGAAGGAGAAGCCUGCUCCUCGUCCUGUCACCCCCAGAGUGGAGGAGCCACCAGAGGGGGAUGAAGAGAUGGAGCUUGCAGUCAUCCACUUGCAGAAACUACUGAGAGGACGAAGUAUCCAACAUGAGAUGUUUAAGGGCAAGGAGAACUAUCAGGAGCUCAUCCAGGAACUGAGGACUGUCCACGCCCUGCAGAGUGAGGAGCAAGAGCUACAGAAAGCUGACAAAGACCUCAUCAUGACCCUUAUAAAACAGAGAGAUGAACAUACACACAAGGCCUCUCAAGUAGAAGCAUCUCAGGCCGGAGUGGUCGGUUCAGAGCUUGAACUCCUGUUCGACACAUUGUCAAAGGAGCUGAUUCACCUCCAGGAAGAGCGCAGGAUCCACGCCUUUAUACUACUGGCUGAGAGAGACCGUCGUCAACGAGAGGCUGAGGAGAGCGGGAGGAGACAGAUAGAAGAGCGCAGACGCAAAGAAGAAGAUGAGAUCUUUAGACAAGUGGUGCAGGUUCACCAGGAAACUGUGGAUUUGUAUUUAGAGGACAUCAUCCUCGGGACCAUGGAACAGACAGCUGACCAGCAGGCCAGAGAGGACAUCCGCAAGAAGGCAAAGGAGGUCAACGACAUUGCUUAUGCCAUGGAGGAAAGCCGGAACAAUCUUCAGUCGGAGGAGAUUGUGUCAGAGUUGGUGUACAGUUUCCUCAUCCCAGAGGUCGAGAAGAUCUCUGUCAGACAAAGAGUGCACCAGAGGCAGCGUAGACACUUGCAGGCAGCUCGGAGCAUCAUUCAGGGAACUGCAGAGCAUUCUGGGAUCCUUCCUAGUAAUCUCGGAGCCUCACAGCUGCCCUGUCCCUCUGAGAGAGCUGCCAACCAAGUCCUCAAGGAGAUCAGCCGAGUGGAGCAGGAGGUAGCACCACAUUCAAAAUGAGCGGAGGACUAAAAACACAAACAGUGUACUGAGAUGAAGCCUGAUGUUAAAUUUAUUAUUGAUAUUAUUAAAGUGUAAGUUCUAUAA